GCAAGCUCCAUCCAGAGCUGAGAACGGGAGCAUUUGCGCAGACAGUCUGCGCUGCUUACAACAGACGUGCGACCAUUCCAUCCGUAUAAAUCUGCGUGUUGUGGUGGGAUUUCUCUGUACGACCGCUGCAAACACCCGCCUGCAAAGUGUCUGCAAGGAGAAGAGCAAGCAGCCGUUUACAUCCGGAUUUGUGACAGCAUCAGGGAUUGUACCAUGGUGAUCAAAGUGUACAUAGCAUCGUCCUCUGGAUCCACUUCGAUUAAAAAGCAACAGCAGGAUGUGAUGGGCUUCCUGGCGGCCAAUAAGAUCGAGUUUGAGGAGUGUGACAUUGCAGCUAACGAGGCCAACAGGAAGUGGAUGAGAGAGAAUAUCCCGGAGGAGUCAAGGCCCACCACGGGGAACCCUCUCCCCCCACAGAUAUUCAAUGAAAGCAAAUAUUGCGGGAACUAUGAGGCUUUCUUCGAUGCCAGAGAAGACAACGCUGUGUAUGCAUUUCUGGGUCUGACUGCUCCCCCAGGUUCAAAGGAGGCCGAGGCUCUAGCAAAGAAAGCACAGCAGUAGCAUCUUUACACCACUUCUGCCUGAGACCUCAGGCCUUCCUCAGAUCCAGACCUGGACCCAGACUGACCCAGGAAAAGAAAAACAAAGCAACUCCUCACUCCGCUUAUAAAUUUGUGGACCGUUUUCACUUAACUUUAUUUAGUCUUUUAUUAUUAUUGUAAUUAUUAUUAUUAUUAUUUUUAUAAUCAGUCUUCACCUGUGCCUUGCUAGCUGCAGUGAAAAGAGGUA